UGAGGGGGCGAGGAGACAUUCUUCAUAGUGGAGAUGCUCAAGACCACCUAUACUUGUUAAUGGAGGACCAAGGAGCAGCAAAAAUAAUAUUAAAUUGGUCAUCGGUUGAGACUGCAGCAGAAAGUUAAGGCAAAAGUCGAGCGAGCAUGGACAUCGGUGGAUUGGAGACGGUGGUGGCCAACUCGGCCUAUGUGUCAGCCCGAGGAAGUGUGGAUGGUGCGGCAGCGGUCAACCUGAGAGACAAAAAGUUGCGGGCCAGGCUGAAACUGCCACACAUCAGAGAAUGCGAACACAUGAAAGCGUCCGUGGGCAAAACCUUCGACAUCAUGUGCGUCAAAGAACCCAUCGGCAAGCGGCUCUUCCAGCAGUUUCUGGAGAGCGAUGCCACCCACAAAACCGCGGCAGAGCUUUGGAAGGACAUUGAAGACUACGUCAUUUGCCAGGAGAAGGACAGAGUUCAGACAGCCCAAAAAAUGGUCAAUAAAUACUACGAGUCGACGUCCAAGACCUUCUGCAGCUUCCUGGAGGAGAAGGCUGUCACCCGGGUGAAGGAAGAUUUCAAAAACGUCCACGGUGACUUAUUUAAAGAGAGCGAGAAACAGCUCCUCAAACACCUGGAGGCAAAGGCCAUGGCGGGCUUCAAGCAAAGCAUGUACUUCCUGCGUUACGUUCAGUUCAAGACGUUGGAAAGCCAACCCGUUGACGAGGAGUGGUUCAUGGACUUCAGGGUCCUUGGAAAGGGAGGAUUCGGAGAAGUCUACGCUUGUCAGGCUAAGGCCACCGGUAAAAUGUACGCCAAUAAAAAGCUGGAUAAAAAGAGGCUCAAGAAACGCAAAGGCUACGAGGGUGCGAUUGUGGAGAAGCGCAUCCUAGCCAAAGUCCACAGUCGCUUCAUUGUGUCGCUGGCUUACGCUUUCCAGACCAAGACUGACCUCUGCCUAGUUAUGACCAUCAUGAAUGGUGGGGAUCUCAGGUUUCAUAUGUACAACGUGGAUGAAAAGAAUCCUGGCUUCAAUGAGAAAAGAGCUUCUUUCUACACGGCACAGAUCAUCUGUGGCCUGGAGCACCUUCACCAGCACAGGAUCGUCUACAGAGACCUGAAGCCAGAGAAUGUGCUGCUAGAUGAUGCAGGACACGUCCGGCUGUCGGAUUUGGGCUUGGCUGUGGAACUUCCACCAGGAAAAGACAAAACAUCUGGUUAUGCAGGAACUCCUGGUUUCAUGGCUCCAGAGCUACUCCAGAAAAAGGAAUAUGACUACACAGUGGAUUAUUUCACUCUGGGGGUGACUCUGUUUGAGAUGAUCGCAGCUAAAGGACCUUUCAGACUACGAGGAGAGAAGGUGGAGAAUGACGAGGUGGCUCACAGAAUUCUGAACGAUCCGGUUCCGUACACUCCCAACUUUAGCAAAGAAUGCAAAGCUAUUUGUGAAGGCUUGUUGGAAAAGGAUCCGGGGAAACGCCUCGGGUUCAAAAACAACGAGUGCGCUGAGCUCAAGAGCCAACCCUUCUUCAAGGAGAUCAAUUGGGGCCGUCUUGAGGCUGGUAUGCUGCCUCCACCAUUUGUCCCUGAUCCCAGGAUGGUCUACGCCAAAGACAUCGACGACGUAGGUGCCUUUAGCACCAUUAAAGGCGUGGUCAUGGAUAACAAGGAUACAGAGUUCUUUGUCGACUUUGCCUCGGGCAACGUUCCGAUCCCGUGGCAGGAGGAGAUGAUCGAGACGGGUAACUGGAGUUCACAACUGCCGCGAUUUUCCUUCGUUGCUCGCACUAAGCGGGUACAUCCAAGCAUCUCGAGCACUGAUGAUUGCUUCCAUUGUGUUCGGGACGUUUGGGCUGGUGGGAACUCUGGUUGGAAUGCAGUGCUCCAAAAUUGGAGGAGAAAACUACAUUCUAAAGGGGAGGAUUGCCACAAUUGGAGGGGUGUUCUUCUUACUACAGGGGAUGUGCACCAUGAUCGCUAUAUCUUGGUAUGCAGCCAACAUCACACAGGAAUUCUUUGACCAGUUCUACCCAGGGACAAAGUACGAGAUCGGAGAAGGUUUGUACAUCGGCUGGUCGUCGGCCAUACUUGCCCUGUGCGGAGGUGGCUGUCUGAUGUUUUCGUGCAGUUGUAAGGAGCCAGGUGAAAAAGUGUAU